AUGAGCGGGGACGGGGGGUUCCCCCGGACCGCACCACCCUCCCCGGCCGCCAAGCGCCGCCGCCCGGACCCGCUGCUGAAGGAGACCGAGGCCGCCCAGGCGCUGACCCAGUUGACGGCCUGGGGGGGCCUGGAAAUAGCCGGGCGGCAGGGGGCGCCCGCGGCCCAGGGGGACCUGGAAACUGCCGCCACCGGGCUGGCGCCCCCUGCUGGGGAGGGGGGCCUGGAAACUGCCACCCCCCUGCGGGGCAGCCUGGACACCGCUGGCAGCGGGCAGGGGCGCCUGGAGCCCACUACCCCACGGGGGAGCCUUGAGGCUGUCGCCAAUGGGAAGGGGAGCCCCAACACCGUCAGUGGCAGGAAGGGGGGCCAAGAAACUUCUGAGGGGGAGACGAGCCCCCAAAGUGCAGCUGGGGGGAAGAGGAGACCUGAGACUGCUGCUGAGCUGGGGAGCCUUGAAACCGAUGCCGCUGAGGAGAAGGGCAUCCUGGAAACCACUGCCACAAAGAUGGGGAGCCUGGACACUGACACUGCUGAGGGAAAGGGGAUCCUGGAAACCGCUGCCACAAAGAUGGGGAGGCUCGACACUGACACCGCUGAGGAGAAGGGGAUCCUGGAAGCCGCCACCACAAAGACAGGGAGGCUUGAGACCACUGUCGCUGAGGAGAAGGGAGGCCUGGAAGCUGCCGACGGCCGGGAGGGGUGGAGGAAGAGGAGGGCAGAGGAGGAGUGCUCCAUCAUCUCCGUGGGGGAGGAGGAGGAGGGGGCUGCCGCGGCGGCUCAGCCGGCCCCGUACACGGAGCAGUACCUGGAGGCGCUGGAGGCGGUGCAGCUGGAGCUGGAAGCAGUGAAUGAGCAGGCCGGCUGCGCCUUCCGUAUCCUCAGGGCCAAGUUCGGCCACAUGCGCCGGCCCCACCUCGAGCGCCGCAACCGCAUCAUCCAGAACAUCCCUGGCUUCUGGGUCAGCGCCUUCCUCAAUCACCCCCAGUUGUCGGCCAUGAUCAGCGACCGUGACGAGGACGCCCUGAGCUACAUGACCAACCUGCAAGUGGAGGAGUUGACUCACACCAAGUCGGGGUGUAAGAUCAAGUUCUACUUCAGCGGGAACCCCUACUUCCAGAAUGAGGUGAUCGUCAAGGAGUUCCAGCCGGCCUCCUCAGGCAGGCUGGUGUCGCACUCCACCCCCAUCCGCUGGUGGCGGGGCCAGGACCCCCGUGCCCACGGCUGCAAGAGCCCUGAGAUGGGGCGCAGCUUCUUCAGCUGGUUCGGGGACCACAGCUUCCCUGCCGGCGACAGGAUCGCUGAGAUCAUCAAGGAGGAUCUCUGGCCCAAUCCCCUGCAGUACUACCUGAUGGGCGAGAACGGGGGUGCCGCGGAUGACAGCGGGACGGAGCACGGGGACGACUGCGUGGUGAUCGUGGAUGACGAGGGGGAGGAGGACGAGGUGCAGGAAAUCAUGGACGAGGAAGAGGAUGGCAAGGAAGGCAGCGUGGCAGAGGAGCUGAUGGCGGAGUCGGCUGGCCCGGGCUUGGAGCCGGAGGAAGACGGAUGAUCUCCCCCGCCGCCCCACCAGCACCCGAAGAUGGACCAGGAUUCCCCCCCCCCCAGUGCCCCCUGCUGGGGCUGGACUCUGUGACUGAGCUUUGCCCAUGGCCCCCAGCUCAGGGCUUGUGGCAAUUAAUCGCAUCCCUUCAGUUAUUGAGGGCGGCUGCAGUUCCCAGCCUGGACACUGGGGGGCAGCACUCCCCUGCUGUGUCAUGAGUGGGGCAGUCAUCUGGGGGGGCUCUGGGCCUGCUGCAGUCAGGUAUCAGCCCAGGGCUCUGGGGGCAUGGUGGGUAAAUACCCCCCCAGUGGCUGGGUGGGUCCUGCCUGGCUGCGGGAGAGGGGCAUUGUGGGUAAAUACCCCCCAGUAGCUGGUGGGACCCUGCUUGCUGUGGGAGAGGGGCAUUGUGGGUAAAUAGCCCCCCCAGUGGCUGGUGGGACCCUGCUUGCCUUGGGAGAGGGGCAUUGUGAGUAAAUAGCCCCCCCAGUGGCUGGUGGGGCCCUGUGCCUCCAGUGGCCUAUUCCAUGCAGCUCAGGGUCUCUUGUUCCAUUAAUUAAUUGUGUUAAGUGGUUAGCCAAUAACGCCCCCCCCAACCUGGGGCCCCCCAGCACCCACUGCCAGCCUCAGUCCCCCCGGAGGCUGCUUCCUGCACCUCCACUGCACCCCCCUAGCUCAAUCCCAUCAGCCCCUGGGCUUGGGCACAACUCUGCCCAUCUGUGGGGGGAGCUUAUAACCCCCCAUGGCAGCCAUGUGAUCUGCCUAUCUGCUGGGGGGCACUGUGGGGCAGGGCAGGGGGCUCCUCAGAUGUCUUGUAACUGGGUGGAGGCGCUGGGCUGGUUGGCCCCUGGCACCCCCCAUGACCACCCUAUGCAAUGCUACUGAGGGGGGGUAGCCCCCUGAAAACAAAGCACUUAAUAUUCAGA